ACUAAAGAUAUGUAUGUGAAGUGGUUUACCGGGAAAUGCUCUUUAAAUUAUAAGACAUAAAGGAAAAGAAACGUGAUUCAGAAUACUUACUACGACAAUAAUGUCAAAUCCAGGGCAGGUAGAUAAAUGGAAUUGCAUUUGCUGGCCACGUGUCAUCUACAUGUAACUGUAAUGUGAGAGGACGUUAUUUAUUUAUAUGUGAGGUGUCUGCAAUGGCUACUACCUUAAUCCUUAUAUCUGUACUUUCUUUUCUCAUUUUCUGGUUUGUAUUUUGGCGUAAGAAAGGGAACCUUCCUCCUGGACCACUCCCAGUUCCUUUCUUGGGGAAUUUAAUUCUGUUUAAAAAAAAUCCGCAUGGAUACAAAGCUUAUACAAAACUUGCGGAGGAAUAUGGAAAUAUUUACACUCUUCACUGCGGAUCUACUCUAAUAGUUAUUUUAAACGGAUAUGACGCAAUCAACGAAGCUUUCGUGAAACAGGCAGAUGUCUUCACAGACAGACCUCAGCUGUUUGUACCAUUGAUUGGUGUUUCCAAAGGAACAGGUUUAACAUACAAUAGUGAUCGACCAUGGAAAAUUCUCAGAAGGUUCGCUUUGCAAGCUUUACGAGACUUUGGAGUUGGGAAAAAGUCAUUGGAAGAGCGAGUAAAAGAAGAGGUGAACGUUGUCAUGGAAACAAUGACAGCAAGCAAAGGAAAACCAGUCAGAGUGAAGCCACUCUUUUUGUCGGCUGCAACUAACAUCAUUUGCAGUGUAAUGUUUGGUGCAAGGUUUCAGUAUACCGACGACCGAUUUAAUGAAUUAACAGAUGUUCUUGAAUCCAUUUUUCGUCUCAACGCACCAUUUGCAAAGGAAAAUUUCUUUCCGUUUACGAGGAACUUUUCUGGCGGGAAAGAGCUAAUAAGGAAAAGAAGCGCUGCUAUAGAAAAGGUUAAGCGAUAUCUUGCUGUGACUAUAAAAGAACACGAGGAAUCAUUUGAUCCCGGAGCAAUAAGAGAUUUUAUUGACCUGUACAUAAAGGCUUCUCGCGACGACUCAGAACCCGAAAUAUUUACUGAGGCCAAUGUUUAUAAAAUUAUUGUGGAUCUUUUCCUCGCGGGAGGGGAGACGACCGGGACAAGUUUAGACUGGUGCCUGCUGUAUAUGAUUACAUACCCUGACAUACAGACCAAGUGUCAGGAAGAGAUCGAUUCUGUUGUCGGUAAAAAUAGACAUGUUGGUCUCGAAGACAGAGGGAAAAUGCCGUACCUAGAGGCCACCUUAUUGGAAAUUCAGCGAAUAGCAAAUACUUUAACUUUCUCUCUUCCACACGUUGCCAAAUGUGAUACCCAGUUGCUUGGUUUUGACAUUCCGAAAGAUACCAUUAUUAUAGCAAAUCUGUAUUCAGCCCACAUUGACGAGAAAUAUUGGGAAGAACCACAAAAGUUCAAACCCGAAAGAUUUUUAAACGAGGACGGAUCACUCAGACGCAGGGAUGCUUUCGUUCCAUUUUCCACAGGUCCCCGUUUUUGCAUUGGAGAACCACUUGCAAGGAUGGAGUUGUUCUUGUUUUUCACGAACUUGCUACAAAGAUUUAGAUUUGUGAUGGAUGAUACGGAAAACCCGCCGUCACUGGAAGGAGUUCAGGCCCUUACCUUAACAGCACUUCCUUACCACUUGGUGGCGCUUCCACGAUAGAUUUUUUUUGUUGGAAAUAUCUUGCUUUUGCUAAAUAUAAACUUAUUUAUGUACAAUUAAAGUGUACAAAAAUUAAA